AUGCCAGACAGUCUGAACUCUGAAAUCCAUUGUCCCUCGUCCAGCACUCAUUCAUCUCCUGUUAAUGACACUCCUCUGCAUCGAUUUCUUGUCUUAGUGGCCAUCAAACUCCUGAAACAUGUACGGCCGCAUAAGGGAGGCGUUCUUUUUCUCUCUCGCAAUCUGUGUGUCAAGUAUGGGGAACUUGUCCUGCUCUCUGAAGCUUCGACGAUGCGUUAUAUUUCCAGCCAUACAUCCAUUCCUGUGCCUAAGAUCUUUUGCGCCUUCGAACAUCGCGGUUGGACCUAUAUUCUCAUGGAAAGGAUUCAUGGCGACAUGAUUGGAGUUGGGUGGGUGAAUCGAAGUGAGGAAUCAAAGGCAAUGCUUUUAUCACAACUAAGGCAGUUCAUCCAAGAGAUGAGGGGCCUUGUCCCUCCUGAGGAAUGUGGCAUUGCAAAUAUUGAUGGCGGACCUCUAUAUGACUGUCGGUUACCUGGACCCUCACUGCGAUUUGGACCGUUUAGCAAUAUUCAAGACUUUCAUAACCACUUACGUCAAGGCAUAUACCUGCAUCCAAAUCUUGACCCGGAGAUCCAAGAACUCAUCAUCCAGCAUCAGAGUAGCUGGCCACUGAAGUUUACGCACGGUGAUCUUAGCAGCUUGAAUAUUCUGGCUUGUGGAGAUAAGAUUGUCGGUAUUAUCGACUGGGAAACAGCCGGAUGGUAUCCAUCAUAUUGGGAAUACACUACUGCUUGUUACGUAAACCCGCAGAACAAUUUCUGGCGCGAUGAGAUUGAUAAAUUUCUGGACCCGAUGCCUAAGGAGCUAGCAAUGGAAGAGACUCGCCGAAAAUAUUUUGGUGAAUUUUAG